UCGACCCAAGUUAAUCCCUUCGAUCGAAUAACCCUUAGAUCCAAAAAAAAAAAAAAAAAACCCGCCAUUAUGUGCAAGUCUUUGACCAUUGUUUCCAUGCUCGUCGUGAUUUUUCUGGCCCAUUCCGCGGUGGCUCAGUAUAGUUUGUGCAGCGAAAGGCUCAACGAUAUGUUGUCCAUUGUUUGCAAGCAGUUCAAUCCGGUGAUUCCCCACAAACGCGGCAUGCUUGACAACGAUGGCGAUUCACUGAAUCCCCUGCAGUUCGUUCAGGAAACGGAGAGCGAUGAUAAUUCGGUUUCCGAUAUGACGCCCUAUGGCAACUAUUUCCGCGAAAGUGUGAUGAGCUCGAUGGCGGCCAUCAGGAGACGCACUCGACAGGGAAUCGUGGAGCGGUGCUGCAAGCAGCCCUGCAAGAUCGACGUCGUCCGGGAGUAUUGCUCCGUUGCCUACUAAGCCACCGUUUACCCAAGGAUCGAGCGACCCUACCUGAUGAUCUCUGGAUCUGGUUCCAAACCAACCACGUGCAUUAUACCAUUACGAACUAUGUUGUUUAAAUCGCUUGUUGCAUGUUACCGAUUGUGGAAAUAUAUUAUUAAAUUGAUUAAAUACACACUGCUUUUGGCAUUAGCAAA